AUGAAGAGGAAGGUGGAGUUCGUCACUCGGGAGCUGGAGAGCAUCCAGGCCGCCCUCCACAAGGUGGCGGCAGUGCCGUGGGAUCAGCUCGAUGAGCAGGUCAAGGUAUGGGCUCGCCAAGUUAGGGAUGCAUCUUAUGACAUGGAGGAUGUCCUCGACACCUUCCUCGUGCGUGUCGAGGGUGGGGAGCCUGUAAACCGCAGCAGGCUCAAACGUGCAGUGAAGAAGAUGGGUGGCCUGCUUGGCAAGUUCAAGGCUCGUCGCGACAUCACUGGUGCCAUUGAUGGCAUCGAGAAGCAGCUUCAGGAGGUCGCCGACAGGCGUGCCAGGUACAAAAUUGAUGAUAUUGUGGCCAAUCCUGCACCUGCAACAACUGUUGAUCCUCGCCUUUCAGCUUAUUACACAAAAGCAUCUCAGCUCGUUGGCAUCGAUGAGCCAAGGGAUAAACUCAUUGAGAUGCUGUCCAUACGUGAGGGUGACAGGUCCAGCAAUGAGAUGAAAAUUAUCUCUAUUGUUGGGUUUGGAGGAUUGGGCAAGACCACUCUUGCCAAGGCAGUAUAUGACAAGGUUUAUCAUCAAUUUGAUUGUGGUGCUUUUGUUCCAGUGGGCCGUAAUCCUGACCCAAAGAAAGUCCUGAGGGACAUUCUAAUUGAUCUCAUUGAUGGUGAGGACGAGAAACCCUUCUCUGAUCAGUAUAAUGGAAGGAACACCGUUCCUGAUCUGAUGCCACUGGAUGAAUGGCAGCUCAUCAUUAAACUUCGUAAAUUCAUCAAAGGAAAAAGGUACUGCAUCGUUAUCGAUGAUAUAUGGGAUGAAAAAACAUGGGAAGUCAUUAAAAAUGCUUUCGUGGACAGUAAUCCUAGAAGUAGAAUAAUUGCAACCACUCGCAAUUCUAAAGUCUCUGAAGAAAUUGGCAAAGUUUAUAGAAUGGAAAAGCUUCCAGAAAGCCAGUCAAGAAAACUAUUAUAUACAAGAACAUUUGGCGUAGAAGAAAAAUGGCCAGGGAACAAUGAUGAAUUGGCUGUGGUAUCUCAAAAAAUACUGCAUAGAUGUGAUGGUGUACCACUAGCUAUUGUUACAAUAGGCAGUUUGUUGGCUGGGAAACAAAUAGAGGAGUGGUCCAAUGUGUAUGACUCAGUUGGUUUUGGCCAUGGAGAUGACCAACAAGUUAACAAUAUGAAGAAGAUAUUAUCUUUCAGCUACUACGAUCUACCCUGUCAUCUAAGGACAUGCAUGUUGUAUCUAACUGUGUAUCCAGAAGAUUUUAGGAUCAACAAUGAUGACUUAAUUUACAGGUGGAUAGCUGAAGGUCUAGUCCAGACAGAAGAAGGAAAAGAGCCUUUUAAGGAUAGUAAGCAAUGGUCACAAGGAAGUGAUGUCCGUCGACUAGCCUUGCACCGGGCAGAACAUAUUGAAGUUAAUGAUAGAGACGUGCCAAAACUGAGAUCAUUUAAUGCCAUAUGGUGCGUUACAGACAACAUCCCCCCUGUUUCGAGAUUUAAAUUGCUGCGUGUGUUGUCUCUAGAGGGUUGUCGUCCUCUGGAAGGUCAUCUUGAUACAGAGUAUCUGGGGAAGUUACUUCAUCUGAGGUACCUUGCGCUAUUGGAUACACCUAUCCGUGAGCUCUCUAAAAAAAUAGGGCAUCUUAAGUUUCUGCAGACACUGGUGUUUCCUGGAACUGGGGUAGAAGAACUACCGACGAGUAUGAAGCAGCUUACAAAAUUAAUGUGCCUAAUUGCUGAUGACAAGACGAGAGUGCCGGAUUGGAUCUGCGAGCUGACGUCCUUAGCAGAGCUGUCGAUGCGGGGUGCUGAUGGAGAAAGGUGCUUAAUCAAGGAGCUGGGCAAGCUAAGAAACCUUUUGCCUGCAAGGAUGCUAUCAUGCAACCGAGUUUUGUCCUACAUUGCAAUAAUCUCCGUGUACUGCAGUUACUCCCGUUGGUAUUCUCAAAGCUGCCCAAGUGGAUUAAUCCUCAAGCUCUUCCCAAGCUCUGCAGGUUGA